AGUGCCACGAGCAACGCAUGCCGCAACUCGAAAACACCAUAUGCAUCGCACAGUCAGUGGAGUGUGCCGGAUACCCACCAUGCUCAAUCGGAAAAUCCUGUCGACUAUGCGCAUCCCGACAAUCCAUCACAAGCAAGCGUUUCUAGAUUAACUGAUUCUAUUCUUCAGAAUCCUGAAAAAUAUCAGACUCAGUUGCAGUUACUGCUUCGAGCUAAGCAACCAAUUUACAAUCCUGAGCCACAUCUGUUUUCACUGCAGGAAUAUGCGGCCAAACGUCUCCCAGGAUCCAGUGAUUUGCGCGCAACUCAAAAUUAUUCGGGAAGUGAAGAGGGAGAAGGCGAUGGAUAUCCAGAAGAUCCUACUGCACAGCAGCUGCCCGAACAAUCCCCGCGAAUUCAUAACUCGAAUCCUGAGCAUCCUGCUCCAUUGGAAAGUUUAGUCAGGGGAAUGCUGCAAUGGCCACUGGUAACUCAGACGGUGUUGUCACAGAUGCCGAGACAACUGGCUGAUUCAGGACCCGUGCUUGCUGAUUUAGCAAACGAAAAAACUUCUAACAGUGACGAUAAUCAACAAGACCAGCUGGAACACCCGGGGAACAUCAGUGCUAUGCAGGUGCAACGUUAUGCAGAUCACAGCCUCACAGAGAGCGUUGCUUUAUCGAGAUCGCAGCCGCGAUUCAGUGAUCAUUGGGCUCAACGUCAAGCUGCAGCUCUGUGCAAAGCGUUGGUAGUACAGUUUAAGGAAGUCAGUGAAGUUGCUAAUUUAUUUUUUAUUACAGGCACGCCACUUAUCAGCUGCAUCCAACCCACACAAAAAGAGUGA